AUGGUGCAUCGCUGUACAAGCCCUACCUGGUAUGAGGUCCUGAAGAAACAUGUGGCAGGCCUGUAUCUGGGUGCUAUUGGGGGACAAGAAGAGAAAGGUAAGGUGGAGACAGGGAAGAUGAGGGAUCGUACGCUCUUUCACCAGAUUGUCGAAUUGAAGCUGGGUGAGAGUUUGCUCUUCUGCCCUACAGCUGCCAUUGGCGUACAAGAUAAAGAGAUCAGGAGAGUGCUGGAUCACUUCGUCAAGUUCCAGACUAGGGGCCGUAUCACUGCAGAUGGUGGCCGAACAAGGCUUGCCGAGGAUGCUUGA